CCUCCUGGAUCCGCGCCUUUAAAAGGCAGCAGCCAAAAGGAGCUGAGAAAGAGACCGUUGUCCCCUUGGGAGAGAGGAGGGGGAAGCUCUACACAGACGUCCCCCCGUCCAAUCCCAUCCCCAAGUAGGGGUCGUGGCGAUGAUGCUCUGAGCAAGUAGGCAGCCCCUGGGUGGGCAGCCUAGCCUGUCCUGCGGGUAUAAAGAGCCCAGGCCUGGCCUGCACGGCUCCCAGAUCCCAGGCGCCUGGCGCGCCCCGAGCUCCAAGGAUGGACGAGUUGAUGGACGGCUGCCAGUUCUCUCCAUCCUCAGCCGUCUUCUUCUACGACAGCUCUUCCUGCAUCCCUUCCCCCGAGGAGGAACUGGUGGAAGAGGACUUCGCGCAGCGGAUGGCAGCCUCCUCCUCGUCCUCCUCCUCGUCGUCUUCUUCCUUCGGAGCGCAUCCGGCAGAUCUGCCCGGGGGAUCCGACGGCGAGGAGCACGUCCGGGCGCCCACGGGCCACCACCAAGCCGGUCACUGCCUGCUGUGGGCUUGCAAAGCCUGCAAGAAGAAGUCGAGCACGGUGGACCGGAGGAAGGCGGCCACCCUGAGGGAGAGGCGGAGACUGAAGAAAGUCAACCAAGCCUUCGAGGCUCUCAAGAGGUGCACCACGGCCAACCCCAGCCAGCGGUUGCCCAAGGUGGAGAUCCUGAGGAACGCCAUCCGCUACAUCGAGAGCCUCCAGGAGCUGCUGAGGGAGCAAGUGCACCACUACUACCGCUUGCCCGGUGGACAAAGUUGCUCCGAGCCCAACAGCCCCACCUCCAGCUGUUCCGACGGCCUGGCUGAAUGCAACAUCCAGAUGUGGUCUAGAAGAAACAUCGCUCAUGACAAUGUCUAUUGCUCUGAUCUCCAAAAUGUCUAUCCAUCUGAAGUGAGCACAGCCCUCUCCAGUCUGGAUUGUUUAUCCAGCAUAGUGGAUAGAAUCUCUUCCUCGGAUCAGGCGGGUCUCUCACUGCAGGACUCCACAUUGCUGCAGGAUUCUCCCGGUGCCAGCCCUGAGUCACAGCCAGACACUCCGGAGACCCCUCAUCCCAAGCUCAUCUAUCAUGUACUAUGAGCUGGUUGAGAUUUGAAACCAGCUCCAGCCACGUCCGGACAUUGCUAAGAACUCCCAACAGCAACGGGAAGGAGGUUCUCCAUUGAAAUCCGAGGCCCUUGGAAUUCCACUGGACCAAAAAUAUGUAUAUAGAGGAGACGUCACUUUAAAAUGUGUACAUUUGUGAAUAUAUUUGCCCCGUCUCCCUUUCUACAAGGGGAAUGACAUUAUAUUUAACCAAGACAUCUAUAUUUUAAUAUUAUAUAAUUCUAUGUUGGGUUUU